AUGCGUGAUUUGACGAUAUGUUGGCGAGCAAGUUUGAGAUUUAUGCCAUCGGUUAAGAACCAAUACGGAUGUGGCAGAAAAUUAAAUGUCGUAAAAGGAGAAACAAUCGAAGAAAACGAAAUGGAAUCAGAGCCCGUGAUGGUUCCAUCUGAUCCGUCGGAAUGGAACUCGAACCACAUCGCAUCCUGGAUUUCAUGGUGCAGCCAGGUGUUUUCCAUAAAACCACCACCGAGUACGACUAAAUUUCCAUCAACUGGCAAAGAGCUAUUAAAAUUAUCGUCUGAUUAUUGGCAAGCUAUUCCUGGUGGAAAAAUUUUGGCACGACACCUUGGUUACCUUCAAUUCCAGGCAACUGGUGUGCAAACGCCGGAUUUGUUGCAAGAGGAGAAAAUUGAUGAGAGGUUCAGCCUCCUCCAACGAACUUGCUCCCUGAUUGGAUCGACAGCUGGAGCUGUGGGUUCCGGGGCGGUCGGAGGCGGACAGGUUCAACUCUGGCAAUUCCUGCUGGAGCUGCUCUCGGAUUCGUCCAAUUCAUCCUGUAUCGCGUGGGAGGGUUCGAACGGCGAGUUCAAACUUACCGAUCCGGACGAAGUCGCGCGUCGAUGGGGCGAACGGAAGAGCAAACCGAACAUGAACUACGACAAAUUAUCGCGAGCACUCAGAUAUUACUACGACAAAAAUAUCAUGACGAAAGUGCACGGGAAACGAUACGCGUACAAGUUCGACUUCCAUGGAUUGAUGAUGGCUUGUCAGACUCAAGCUGGUGUCACGUUGGAGGCAUCUCAAUCGAGUCGAGGUACAGGCGCGAAUUGUCAUCCUCAUCAUACGCAUCAUACUCAUCAUCUGUAUCCGACAGGACCAUCGAGUUCGCAACAUCCAUCGGCACCUCCACCACCUCCUCCACCACCGCCUCCACCACCACCGCCACCUCCGCCACAUUAUUGUUGGCCUUACCACAGAUACUCUCCACCAACGUAGCAUAAAGAAUUCAUUGUUUUUCAUUUGUGACAACGUGAACAAUUUUUUGUUAAGUUAGAUCAUGCGUAGGAUAUGCAAUAGGCAUACCAGUGCAUAAAAGCAAUUGUAAAUUAUACUGCUAUUUUAAAGAUUUUAAAGAAAUAGAUAAUUUCCAACGUAAUUUGGAAAGGUUAUAUAAACUUUUUGUUAAGCAUUCAACGAUAAUUAAUUAUUAAUAGAUCUAUUAUACGCGUGUAAUUAAUGGUUCUUUUUAAGUGUAAUAUAUAAGAUAAAUGUUAACUAUAAAAUAAGUAUGUACAACAGAUAAAUUAAGUAUCAAACUAUUGUAGGUAUAGUUGUUGGUAGAGAAGAAUAAAAUUACUGUAUAUAUAAAUAUAUUAAGAUAUUUAGAUAAGUAUACAUAAAGCAAUAGUGAUGUCUCUGCUGAAGUUUUGGAUAGGAAUUGUAUUUAUAUGCACUUCUUUAAUGUUGGAAUGUACAGUUUAUAAGCAUAAUUUUUUAUUUAAUGAAUGUUAAGAUGCUUAACGGUUAGCUUAGGAAAAUAAAGCCCUACAAAACUAAACAUUUUAAUUGUUCAUUCUUUUCUAUAAUCCAUCUCAUUUUUUUAAAAAAUGCAUUCAAGUUUCAUUCUAUAUUAUAGGUGAGAUAUAGGACGGCAUCUACAAUAAAAUAAAUGAAACCUUUAAUGGAACGUGAAUUGCCGACACAAAGAGGAAAUGACAGUGCCCACGCAGUCAUGGUUUUGGUUGUUCCCGGACUAGUGCUACACCAUGCGGAGAAGUACUGAAGGGAACAAACGUUAGCAUAUACAAGAAUUUAUAAAAUUGGGGAUAUACCCUGUGUGGUUGCUAUUUAGUAUAUACAAGAACCUAUGUGUUCGCGCGGAGUCGCGUUCGUGAUAGAUCACGUCAAUGGAAGUCGUAAAUUCCCGUUACGAUUAGAUCAUCGAUGCCACGAACUUAUCGAUCCCCUAUUUCAUUUAGGAUAAUAAAGAUGAUUGAACUGAUUAAAACACUGGAUUAACAGGUUACAAUAUAUACUUUAUUCCAAUAACUUUGUAGAUAUAGACAGACAAUAUAUUUAAUAACGAUUAAGAGCCCUAACAAUAAAGUACAAAUCCUUAGUUUUAUGACAGUUCCCUAAGAUUAUUGCGGUCCGGAAGGAUGGAGUUUAGUUGCACACUAGUAUAGAUAAGAACCUACUGAGUUCCACGCUACAAGACCCUAUUUAAUUAUACGAUUCUACGGAAAAGUUUAUAUCUAUUUUUCUGUCUGACAUAAAAAA